AUGUUAUACCCGUGGCUCCUCUCCGGGCUGAGCGCCGGCCUCGUCCCCGGAGCGGCCGCCAACCCGCUCCUCCUCCCCCGCGCGCUCCCGGCGAUCAAGGAGCACUUUGGCGAGAACCCCAACGCCAACCAGCUCUUCGCCGCGCCGCCCACCAACGGCCGCGUCAUCGACCGCGCCGGCUGGACCGUCACCUGCGACUCCGAGAACGCUGGCAACGAGUGCGCCAAGGCCAUCGACGGCGACAACGGCACCUUCUGGCACACCCAGUGGACCGGCGCCAACCCGCCGCCGCCGCACACCAUCACCCUCGACAUGGGAUCGACGCACAACGUCAACGGCAUCUCCGUGCUGCCGCGCCAGGACGGCAACCAGCACGGCUGGAUCGCCCGCCACGAGGUCGCCGUCAGCCCGGACGGGAACAACUGGGAGGUCAUGGCGGUGGGCAACUGGCCGCUGGACGGGCUGACCAAGUACGCCAACUUUGAGACGCGCAAGGUGCGGUACGCGCGCGUCAAGGCGCUCACGGAGAUUGGGGGCAACCCGUGGACGAGCGUCGCGGAGCUGGGUGUGUUUGAUGCCGGCGCGGAGCCGACGGCGUACGUGGCGGGCAAGGGAAGAUGGGGCCCGACGAUCAACUUCCCCACGGUGCCCGUCGCCGGCAUGGUCGACCCGCUGUCCGGCAAGGUGAUCAUCUGGUCCGCCUACGCGUACAACAACUACCUCGGGUCCAGCUUCGACCGCGUCUUCACCUCCUCCUGGGACCCGGCCACCAACGACGUCGAGCCCAAGAUCGUCGACGACACCGACCACGACAUGUUCUGCCCCGGCAUCUCCAUGGACGGCAAGGGCCGGGUGGUGGUCACCGGCGGCAACUCCAAGUACAAGACGACCCUCUACGACUUUCCCUCCCAGAAAUGGAUCGCCGGCCCGGACAUGAAGGUGCCCCGCGGGUACCAGUCGUCGGCGACGUGCUCCGACGGCCGCGUGUUUACGAUUGGCGGCUCCUGGAGCGGCGGCGAGGUGGAACCCAAGGACGGCGAGAUUUACGACCCGCGGAGCAACGCGUGGACGGCGCUUCCCGGCGCCAAGGUGGCCAACCUGCUGACCCGGGACGCGCAGGGCGUGUACCGCUCGGACAACCACGCCUGGCUGUUCGGCUGGCGCAACGGCUCCGUCUUCCAGGCCGGCCCGAGCACGGCGAUGAACUGGUACACCACCGGGUCCGGGGGGGGCGGGGUGCAGCCGGCGGGCAAGCGGACGUCGAACCGCGGGGACGACCCGGACUCCAUGUGCGGCAUCGCCGUCAUGUACGACGCCACGCAGGGCGCCAUCCUGACCGCCGGCGGCUCGCCCUCGUACCAGAACAGCCCCGCGCACGCCUCCGCGCACCUCAUCACCCUCGGCAACGUCGGCGCCGAGCCGGCCGUCCGCUUCGCCAGCAACGGCAUGUGGUCCCCGCGCGCCUUCGCGACCGCCACCGUGCUCCCCGACGGGCGCACCUUCAUCACCGGCGGGCAGGCCUACGCGGUGCCGUUCGAGGACACCACCCCGCAGCUGACGCCGGAGAUGUACGACCCGGCCCGGGACACCUUUUACCAGCAGGCGGCGAACUCGAUCCCGCGCAACUACCACAGCGUCUCGCUGCUGCUCCCGGACGGGCGCGUGCUGAGCGCGGGCGGCGGGCUGUGCGGCGACUGCACGACGAACCACUUUGACGGGCAAGUCUUCACACCCGGUUAUCUGCUGAACGAUGACGGGUCGGAGGCGACGAGGCCGGUGAUCAGCUCGGCGAGCGCCAACGGCGGGCGGCUGACGAUUGUGACGGGCGGCGCGAUCGCGUCGGCGGCGCUGAUGCGCGUGGGCACGUCGACGCACACGGUGAACACGGAUCAGAGGCGGGGGCCGCUGACGUUGAACAAGAGGUCCAACACGCUGUACUCGGCGAACCUGCCGACGGACCCGGGCGUGCUGCUGCCGGGGUACUGGAUGCUGUUUGUGAUGAACAGCAAGGGCGUGCCGAGCGUAUCCAAGAUUAUCAACCUUUCGCUAUGA